CUAUUUCUUUGUUUUUGACAUUUGCUGUCAAAACAAAUUAAUUGAUGAAUGGAUUUUGUGUUAAAAAUUGUUAUUUCUCAUUUUAAACAUAAAAAUGUUUUGCUUAAAAGAUAGCGAAGAGUAUUAUUUAUGUCUCUCCGAUCAGCCAAAAAGAUUUGAUGCAGAUAGCCCCGUUACUAAUGUGUUUUUCGAUGAUACUAAUGGCCAGGUAUUUACAGUUCGAUCAGGGGGCGUCACAGGAGUUACCGUGAAUGGGAUGGACGAUUCUAAGUCUACAUCAUUCAGAAUGGAAGAUAGGGGCCCGAUAAUUUCGAUAAAAUUUUCACCAGACCACAAAAUAUUGGCAAUACAACGUAACAAUGAGAUCCAGAAUGCUACGAUAGAAUUUGUGAACUUUAAAGACCUGGCUCCAACGAACGUGGAAUACUCGCACACUUGUAAAUGGAAGAAUGCUAAGAUCCUCGGUUUUGUGUGGCCGAAAGCAAAUGAAAUAGCGUUUGUAACGGAUCAUGGUAUAGAGUUGCUACAUGUUGUUCCUGAGAAAAAACUGCUCAAAAGCUUAAAAUCUAUAUCUUUCAGUGGCGCGUGGUUCUCGUGGUGCGCUCCCAGCAACACAGUGUUACUGGCCGGCAACAACGGAGCCCUGCUGCAGCCGUUCUCACUAAAUAACUCCACUAUAACCAAGCUGCAGAAACUUGAGUUGGACACGGCGCGGCCGGUGGUGGAGCGCGACGUGUUCCUACUACGGCUGUGCGACGCGACGUGGUGCGCCGUGUUCCGCCACGGAGCCGCCGCCGCCGUGCCCGGGCCCACUGAGGUGUGGCUGAUGGGCGUGGGCGUGGGCUCGGUGACGCACGUGCUGCAGACGGGGCUGGUGGGCCGCUUCGCCGUCAGCGUCGUGGACGACCUGCUCGUGGUGCACCACCAGUCCAGCCACACGUCCCAGCUGUUCGACAUCCAGGAGGACGUGAAAGUGGAGAACAGCACCGCCCACCACAUCCCUACAGUCCAGGGCUGCGCAAUGAAGCCCGCCUCGCUGGGAGACCAGCCCUGCCCUAUGUAUUCUAGCAACUGGGUGGUGUUCCAGCCAGACUACAUAAUCGACGCCCGCCUGGGUUGUUUGUGGCGGGUCACACUCGAGCCCUCGGGGCUAGCGCAUGCGAUACCAAAGGACGAGAUCUCGAAGAUAGUAGCGGUACUAUUACGGCGGACGCACGGCAAGAGUACCAUCUACAGGAUACUGAACCAACUGGUGGCCGACGCCGCAUUUUACCUGGUGGAGCUCGGGAAAGUGUUCGACGAGAUCAACCAGGUGUACAGGAAAUGGGCGGAGCUAGAGAUGGCGCGUAACACGGCCGGGCCGCCGCAGGACGCGCGGCCCGGACAGCUGCGGACGGUGGUCUCUCAGGCCGACAUGUGCACGAACGUGCUGCAGGCCCACUCGGACGAGGAACACGCGGUGCAGGUGGUCACAUCGUACCUGGCCUCCUUAUCCCGCUACGAUAUGGUGGUCCAACACCCAGUAGCCGAGCUGUGCGUCCGGACACUCGUGACCAAGGGUGCUUGUGGGCGGCUCCGGGCUUUAGUAAGGAGGGGCUGCCUCGGGGACUCCCGGCCUUUGGCGUGUCAGCUGUUGUCUCUCGGGCACAUAGACCCGGCUGCCGCUCAGCUGGCCUUGGAUAUGAUGUGGCGAUUGAAGGGCUAUGAGGUGAGCUACUGUGUUUAUUGCGUAAUGAUGGGCCUUAGGAGGGGCUGCCUCGGGGACUCCCGGCCUUUGGCGUGUCAGCUGUUGUCUCUCGGGCACAUAGACCCGGCUGCCGCUCAGCUGGCCUUGGAUAUGAUGUGGCGACUGAAGGGCUACGAGGUGAGCUACUGUGUUUAUUGCGUAAUGAUGGGCCUUAGGAGGGGCUGCCUCGGGGACUCCCGGCCUUUGGCGUGUCAGCUGUUGUCUCUCGGGCACAUAGACCCGGCUGCCGCUCAGCUGGCCUUGGAUAUGAUGUGGCGAUUGAAGGGUUAUGAGGUGAGUCUAUGUGUUUAUUGCGUAAUGAUGGGCCUUAGGAGGGGCUGCCUCGGGGACUCCCGGCCUUUGGCGUGUCAGCUGUUGUCUCUCGGGCACAUAGACCCGGCUGCCGCUCAGCUGGCCUUGGAUAUGAUGUGGCGACUGAAGGGCUACGAGGUGAGCUACUGUGUUUAUUGCGUAAUGAUGGGCCUUAGGAGGGGCUGCCUCGGGGACUCCCGGCCUUUGGCGUGUCAGCUGUUGUCUCUCGGGCACAUAGACCCGGCUGCCGCUCAGCUGGCCUUGGAUAUGAUGUGGCGAUUGAAGGGUUAUGAGGUGAGUCUAUGUGUUUAUUGCGUAAUGAUGGGCCUUAGGAGGGGCUGCCUCGGGGACUCCCGGCCUUUGGCGUGUCAGCUGUUGUCUCUCGGGCACAUAGACCCGGCUGCCGCUCAGCUGGCCUUGGAUAUGAUGUGGCGACUGAAGGGCUACGAGGUGAGCUACUGUGUUUAUUGCGUAAUGAUGGGCCUUAGGAGGGGCUGCCUCGGGGACUCCCGGCCUUUGGCGUGUCAGCUGUUGUCUCUCGGGCACAUAGACCCGGCUGCCGCUCAGCUGGCCUUGGAUAUGAUGUGGCGACUGAAGGGCUACGAGGUGAGCUACUGUGUUUAUUGCGUAAUGAUGGGCCUUAGGAGGGGCUGCCUCGGGGACUCCCGGCCUUUGGCGUGUCAGCUGUUGUCUCUCGGGCACAUAGACCCGGCUGCCGCUCAGCUGGCCUUGGAUAUGAUGUGGCGAUUGAAGGGCUAUGAGGACAUAAUAGAGAUCCUGCUGAGCUGGGGCUGGGUGGUAGCGGGGGUGGGCGCGGCGCGCGCGGGGGGCGGCGGCGCGGCCUGGCCCGGCGCGGCCGCGAGGAAACUACUAGCAGCGGCUAAGGGGGACCCGCCUGCCUUCGCUACCGUGUUCCGCGCGCUGCAGGCACGGAACACGCGGCUGAGAGGCGCGCCGCACUUCCUCAAAGGUAUCCCAGGAUAUUGUAGAGAUCCUAAGCUGGGCCGCGGCCUGGCUACUUUUUUUUUUAACCUUAUGCUGAGGGGGACCCCGCCUGCCUUCGCUACCGUGUUCCGCGCGCUGCAGGCACGGAACACGCGCCUGAGAGGCGCGCCGCACUUCCUCAAAGGUCGGCUUCUUUUACAUCAAUUUUGA